CUCCUAUCUCAAUUUCCCUUUCCUUGGCCAACCCACCUACUUCGCUAAACCCUUUCGAGCAUGUUUAGAUUGUCGCCAAUAUCCCUAGCCCUGGCGCUGUUCGGCGUUGUUGGUCGUACAUUUGAGGUUGCGCUCGAAUGGGAUGUGGUGGAAGGAACGAAAGGAAUUACGGCGGCAAUGAGCCUACUGCGAUUUGCAAAUGACACGUCACCGCCUGGCACAGAGUGGAUUGGGAUUGGAUGGAGCGAUGGCUCGAUGAGUCUGCAGCACCGUAAUGACAGUAAGUCGCUGAUUGUCAUGCAGAUUUCGCCUCCUACGUCGGCACACCAGGUAAUCUUAGGCAAGACAUCCGAUCUGUCCGAGGUUCGGUAUAGGCCAACUAGGGAUGGCCCGAGUCAAGUGUUUCUAGAGUCUCCUGUUGAACUCGAUGCAACACUGCCAUAUUACUUCAAGGUUGCUGCACACCACAACUUGAAAGACAAUCGCACCACAUACGAGGGGCUGUACAGCGUUGGGCAAAACUGGGUCUACAUGGGCUCGAUCAUUUUGCAGCACCCCAACGACGGCAAACACGCGUUAGAUGAUUCGAACGAUUCCAGAUCACAAGGUGCAAUCACUAACGGUGAGGACAAUGCACGCAAGUCGAGUGCAUUUGAAUCAUCCCUAUCCACAGCAACACUAUCAACCAGCACUUCAUCUGCCAAAAGGUCCAAGCAUGGCACUACCUCAACGAUGGGUGCCGAGGAGGCGUCGUUGAGCAACGAAAUCGAAGCGCAGUUCUCCUCAGCAGCGGACCACGAGAGUGAGAGAGACGAAGACAAAGACGAAGGACCGGAUGAGGACCGUGAUGAGGACCGUGAUGAGGAAAGAGAUGAGGAUAGGGAUGAGGAUAGUGAGCGCGAGAAGGACAGGGAUGAUGCCCGCGACAAGGGCAAGGACGAUGAUGAUAGCAGCGGACAAAGAGGACACUCCACACCGUGGACAGAAAGAACUCGCCCGGGCACCUGCGCAAGACGCUGCGCGAGUCGUUUCAUGGAUUUUGUGCGGUCACGGAUCGCUGGCAAGCACCAGGCUGCCGACUUUGGUGAUGAUGACGAUGACGAUGACAGCCGUAUGCUUAGUCUAAUCAAAGGCGCACUGAGCUUCCCCGACUACCCCGCGUUUCCCAAGAUCUACUCAGGCGUCAAGCGUCUUCCGGGUGGUGAUUUGAGCCAUGUCCGAGCGGGGGUGUUCAAGAAAUUCCAGCUGCGAGACCGUCUCGGUUCCAUGUACUUUGUCAACCGCUGCCAUGCGUACUCGUAUGACGGCAAUGAUGAAGACAAACUUUAUGUGCGCCAUUACUUUAUGUCGGCCAGCUACCUCGUCGCUAUAGACGGGACGAAUUCGCUGGCCAAGACCCUGGGAGAAGGAACGUAAACUGAAUUUUGUGCGACACCUGUGUUUCGGAUGCUACUGCUUCUGCCGCCAUGUCUUGGAGCACCAGAUACCCUGGCGACGUAGAAUAUUUCCACUACUAUCUCCCUCCCCACAGUCCAUUUUUCACAGCCUUUUUCAUGCUCUUCAUUUCACAGCCCAUGCAUUCGGUAUUACAGUGCAGGGCUCGCAUAUCAAAUACAUUUAACUAGCUUGCGCAGCGC